AUGUCUUUCAUGUACGGCGAUCGCCACAAUGUCUAUUUCCAUCACGAACGCAUCAGCAGGCAAACCAAAUCACAGCUCGUCAAUCGCGAUCUCCACCCGACGACCAUGUACCGGAUCCAAGACUCGCCUCCCUGCCACGUCUUUCGUCGCAUGGCGCUUCUUGGUUUCCUGGGUGCGGAACGCUGGCGAUCAUCACCCACUCCGUUUCAGUCAUCUGCUCUGGCUCUGGCCUUCGGUAAACCAUGCUUGUUAUGUUCCCUCGCACACCUCUGCGUGCACGUAUCGCAUGUCGUUCCUCUUCAAUUAUCAACACUCACUCUUCAAUAUUUCGAUCCAAGCGCUGCGCCUAGACUAGCUGAGACAUGA